AGGAGGAGGAGGCGGCGGCGGCGGCGCCAUUCAUGUCGGGUGGCCGCCGGUGAUGGAGGCGGAGGAGAGGACGGCGGCACCAGCACCACCUCACCCUCCCUGACCAGCGGAUCUCCGACCGUCUGAGGAGGUGGAGGAGGAGGGGAAAAAAUACACACACACACGCAAAUAUAUACUUGAACUUUUAAUUCUCCACCUGAGGCGACGCCGUGAUUGCGGCUGAGAGAAGAUGGCGAGCGAGCCGCCGGCCCGCAGCCUGGACGACAUCGACCUCUCCGCCCUCCGGGAUCCUGCAGGUAUUUUUGAACUCGUGGAAGUAGUUGGAAAUGGCACAUAUGGACAAGUGUAUAAGGGCCGCCAUGUCAAAACAGGGCAGCUUGCGGCCAUCAAAGUCAUGGAUGUCACAGAGGAUGAAGAGGAGGAGAUCAAACAGGAGAUUAACAUGCUGAAGAAGUACUCGCACCACAGAAACAUCGCGACGUAUUAUGGUGCCUUCAUCAAGAAGAGCCCCCCAGGCCACGAUGACCAACUCUGGCUGGUUAUGGAAUUCUGUGGAGCUGGAUCUGUCACAGACCUGGUCAAAAACACGAAAGGAAACGCUCUGAAGGAAGAAUGGAUUGCCUACAUCUGUCGAGAGAUACUACGGGGCCUAACUCACCUUCAUGCUCACAAAGUUAUUCACAGAGACAUCAAGGGACAGAAUGUGCUUCUGACAGAAAAUGCCGAAGUUAAACUGGUUGACUUUGGUGUGAGCGCCCAACUCGACAGAACCGUGGGAAGAAGGAACACGUUCAUCGGCACCCCGUACUGGAUGGCUCCAGAGGUGAUCGCUUGCGAUGAAAACCCUGACGCCACUUACGAUUACAGGAGCGACAUUUGGUCUUUGGGAAUUACUGCAAUUGAAAUGGCGGAAGGAGCUCCACCUCUGUGUGACAUGCACCCAAUGCGGGCCCUAUUCCUUAUUCCAAGAAACCCACCUCCCAGAUUAAAAUCUAAGAAAUGGUCGAGGAAGUUUAUCGAAUUUAUUGAGAACUGUCUGAUAAAAAAUUAUACCCAGAGGCCGUCUACAGAUCAGUUGCUGAAGCAUAGCUUCAUCCGAGACCAGCCGACUGAGAGGCAGGUCCGGAUCCAGUUGAAGGACCACAUUGAUCGGACCCGGAAGAAGCGCGGUGAGAAAGAGGAGACGGAGUACGAGUACAGCGGUAGUGAGGAGGAAGAGGAUAAGGUCGGUGAAGAAGGGGAACCCAGCUCCAUCGUGAACCUGCCGGGCGAGUCCACGCUGCGGCGAGACUUCCUGCGGCUGCAGCAGGAGAACAAGGAGCGCUCGGAGGCGGUGAAGCGGCAGCAGCAGCAGCAGCAGAUCGUGCUGCCUCGCCGUGACCUGGAGGAGCGGCGGCGGCAGCUCCUGUCCGAGCGGCAGAAGCGUAUCGAGGAGCAGAAGGAGCAGCGGCGGCGGCUGGAGGAGCAACAGCGGCGGGAACGGGAAAUCCGCAAGCAGCAGGAGAAGGAGCACCAGCGACAGCUGGACGAGAUGCAGCAGCUGCGUAGGGAAGAGGAGAGGAGGCAAGCUGAGAGAGAGCAGGAGUACAUAAGGCACCAAUUAGAGGAGGAGCAGAGACAGUUAGAGAUCCUUCAGCAGCAGCUACUGCAAGAACAGGCUCUGCUUCUGGAGUACAAGAGGAAGCAGCUGGAGGAGCAGCGGCAGUCCGAGCGGCUCCAGAGGCAGCUGCAGCAGGAGCACGCGUUCCUGAUGUCCCUGCAGCAGCAACAACAGCAGCAGCAGCUGCAGAAACAGCAGCAACAACAACAACAACAGCAGCAGCAACAGCAGCAGCAACAGCCGCAAGAGAAGAAGCAGCUCUAUUACUACAACAAGAAUGUGAAUCCUACCGACAAGCCCGCAUGGGCAAAGGAGGUGGAGGAACGCUCCAAAAUGAACCGGCAGAACUCCCCUGCUGCGAAGCCGAAGAUGGGGACCACCAUAUCCGACCCGUCGCUGCAGUCCCUCUCUGAAUCGGUCCCAAACAAUUCCACCCAAGCUUCUCAGACGCCGCCCAUGCAUCGUCCCGUGGAGCCGCAGGGAGCCCAGUCAAAGUUUCAAGUGGCGCACCUAGUUGCACUGAAACCCUCGGUGCAGGUUCCAAGGUCUCAGUCGCUCCAAGACCAGCCGACCAAGAACGUGGCCGCCUUCCCGAGCCAGGAGCCGGCGCCGGCGAAGCGCGGCGAGAUGCUGCGCCAGAACUCGGACCCCACCUCCGAGACCCCCGUGCUGCCCCCCCGCACCAACCGGGACGACUCGGGCCCGUGGGUGAAGAUGGCAGAAGAAGCACCGCCAAAGGUUCCUCAAAGAACGACCUCCAUAGCCACAGCACUGAAUAGCAGCAGCGUUUUGUUAAACCGCCCAGGGCAGGCACCACGUGCAAGCAAUCCGGACCUGCGUAGGAUUGAGCCAGGUUGGGAAAGAGCGGAGAGCCUUCCACAGAUCGGCCCCCACCGAGUACUUGGCACUGGUUCAAUGGAGCGCAACAGAAUCACAACCUCAGCACCCUCCCAGCCCGAAGGGUCGCCGCUCCUCUCGCAGGAUUUGAACCGGGGAAAGCCAGAGGAGAUCCGGACUACCUCGCGACCCGGCAGGCCUGCUAGCUAUAAGAGAGCAAUAGGCGAGGACAUGCUGAACCUGGGGAAGGACGGUCGCCCCGACGAGCUGCCCAAGCCGCCGGUUAAAGUGAUGGACUACUCGUCCUCCAGCGAGGAGUCGGGCAGCACCGACGACGACGACGAGGAAGGAGAGAACGAGCGUCAGGACGAGAACCUCUCCAGCUCCGACGGGUCCAGAUCAGGGCAAAACCGUGCCAAUGAUGGUGACACAGACAGCGUGAGCACAAUGGUGGUUCACGAUGAUGAGGAGCCGGCUGUGGUUGACACUUCCAACAGCAGCUACGGAGACGGGACCAUGAUUGUUCAGAGGACACCUGAGGAGGAGCGAGGCGUCCAUCAUGCAGACAGCAACGGAUUCACCAGUCACGUCAACCUGCCUGACCUCGUGCGGCAGAGCCAUUCCCCGACCAAUACCAAAGGCCCCAAAUCUCAGCCGGAGGACAGCAUAGCAGAGUUUCAGUCUAGAGGCCUGGUGAAAUCCCCUGGAAAGUCAUCGUUUACCACCUUUGUUGACCUCGGCAUGUACCAGAUGGGAGCUGGAGGGGAGACCAUACAAAUCGCUGGAUUGAGUAUCAGCGACGUGAGUCGACUAAACCAGCAGAAAAACGAGGACAGGAAAUGCUCAGUGGUGAAUGUGAAUCCAGCCAACACACGACCGCACAGCGAUACGCCAGAGAUCCGCAAAUACAAGAAGCGCUUCAACUCUGAAAUACUUUGUGCUGCCUUGUGGGGUGUGAACCUGCUGGUGGGAACAGAGAAUGGACUUAUGCUCCUCGACCGCAGUGGACAAGGCAAGGUCUACAGCCUCAUCAGCCGCCGACGAUUCCAGCAGAUGGAUGUCCUGGAAGGACUCAACCUCCUCAUCACCAUAUCAGGUAAACGGAACAAGCUGCGAGUCUACUAUUUGUCCUGGUUACGGAAUAAGAUUUUGCACAAUGACCCCGAAGUGGAGAAGAAGCAGGGCUGGACCACCGUGGGUGACAUGGAGGGCUGUGUCCACUACAAAGUGGUGAAGUACGAGAGGAUCAAGUUCCUGGUCAUUGCUCUGAAGAACUCUGUCGAGGUUUACGCCUGGGCUCCCAAGCCUUACCACAAGUUCAUGGCAUUCAAGUCAUUUACGGACCUGCCUCACCGACCAUCUCUGGUUGAUUUGACUGUAGAGGAAGGGCAGAGGUUGAAGGUUGUUUACGGAUCGAGUACUGGCUUCCACGCGGUCGAUGUGGACUCUGGAAAUACCUACGAUGUUUACAUCCCGGUGCAUAUUCAGUCCCAUAUGAUGCCUCAUGCCAUUGUGAUUCUGCCCAACACCUCUGGAAUGGAGAUGCUUCUGUGCUACGAAGAUGAAGGCGUCUACGUGAACACAUACGGCCGUAUCAUGAAGGAUGUGGUGUUACAGUGGGGCGAGAUGCCCACCUCCGUGGCGUACAUCUGUUCCAAUCAGAUCAUGGGCUGGGGGGAGAAGGCGAUCGAGAUCCGAUCCGUGGAGACGGGCCACCUGGAUGGAGUUUUCAUGCACAAACGAGCGCAGCGGCUAAAAUUCCUCUGCGAGCGGAACGACAAGGUAUUUUUUGCCUCUGUUCGCUCUGGUGGAAGCAGCCAAGUUUACUUCAUGACCUUAAACAGGAACACAAUCAUGAACUGGUAAAAAACAAAAAGGGCCAAACCCGUUGGGACUACUGAAGCGCUGGGGUACUGUAAAUAUGACGGUGCAUUUUGUAGAUCAGAGAUUUAAAUGCCUUGGAGAGGUUUCUGUGGAACUCUGAACGGAUCUCGUGCCUCAACAGACAUUGUCGUGACACCGUUGCUUUUCCCUUUUUCUUUUUGUCGUGUUUUUUUCGGAAUAUCCGUCUUCUGGAGAACGAGUCUUGGCGGCUUGGCUUGGAGUUAUGUGACCUGGACGAGCAUGCUUUACUCAUUACAACCCUAGAGCCACGUCACUGGUACACAGCACACAGAUCGGAUAUGUACUUGGUUGUGUUUGGGGGGGAGAGGGGGGAGAGGGUGAUGGAUAAUGGUUGGACAACCAGCCUCACCUCUGACUGAAUGCUCCAUUGAUAAACUAAUCUACAUCAGUCCAGGACAACUUCCGCCAUCCAAAUGUUGGAAGUCAACGUGGGUUACGACCGGAUUGGGAGCUCGAUGUCGUGCGUGAAUGCGUGUGGUAUUUUCUUUUUGCCUGUUUUAGAAUAGAAUUGAGGUGGCUUUUCACGAAUCUGAGCGUGGCCAUCUCUGCAAAAAUACAUGGUUUCUGUUGGGUCGUGUCCAACUAGGACUGUGAAUGGUGUGGGGGAAAUUUCCAUUUGUUGAUUUGAGGGACCAUUCGUUUUCAUCGAAGGCACUUUUGUGGCCGGGUUGGGAAAUCGAUGAUUUUAUGAAGGCUAUAUUUCCAGCAGCGUGCGGCCAUUUUGUAUCGAGGGACUAUCUCAAAAUGGCCGCGGGGUGAGUUGUGACUGGCACAAUUGGAUUGCACACAGAUUAAUCAUAGAAGAUCUCUGAGUAUUUGAUGCCUUUCCCAAUGACGGAUAAAUAACUCUCCCUCCAUCUUGGCCGAAAUCAUUCUCUGCUGUACAUCCACCCUUACGUCAAGUCUGUCGACUGUGACUUCCCUCCCUUGAUUUUGAUACCUGAUAGCGCAGAAAAACGCACAAACUUGGUCUAGCGGGCUUGUGGCUUCAGCCCAUUCCUUGACUUUGGAACAGUUCCAUAAUUUCCGCAACCUUUUACUUGAUUCUUGAUAUGUUGGUCACAUGUGAUGUCUUCUGCUCUGCGUACAUGAGGUGUGCAAACAGUCACCACCUAAAGGGCAAUGAAAAGUCACAAAGUAUCCCGCACCAGGCCCCCCCUUUGACCCCCUCCCCCCCUCAGGACACGCUCCCCCCACGGCCUAUCCCCCAGUUGAAUCUAUGUGUUGGGUGUUUGAAAGGACAUCGCACAUGUUAAAUACAAAGAUUGCCACUCGAGGCGUUGACAUCUGAGCUUGGGUGAAAGUAAGAAGGAGAGAGGGUUUAGAGGUGAGCCAGGGUUGGGUCGUACAAUCCAGCACACAUCUGGAUGGAAGCUUUUGUUGCUGUGAUUUAGACUUUGCUAUGUUACAUAGUUGGCUAGUUUAGUUUUUGAGAUACGGCCCGGAAACAGGCCCUGUGGCCAACCGAGUCCCCACUGACCAGCGAUCCCCGCACACUAACACUAUUCCACACAAGUCGAGAGACAAUUUACAAUUUUGACCCAAAAAAAACAAUUGGCCGACAAUCCUGCACGUCUUUGUGGAGUGCGGGAGGAAACCGUCGCGAUCCCGGAGAAAACGCACGCAGGUCAUCGAGAGAACGUACAGACGGCACCCCUAGUCAGGAUUGAACCCGGGACUCCGGCGCUGUGAGGCAGGCAGCAACUCUACCAUUUCCCCGGGCAGGAUUGGAGUGAGCAAUGGCUGGGCUGAUACUGCAUGUGGAAAGGGCAGAGCAGCAGUAGGAAUCUGCCCCUAUUUCGAAUGAAGAUGGAAUCAAACGAUUGAACGACAUCCCUUUCGAAACGAAACAUCGUUUUAAAAUGUCCUUUCCGGGCGAGAAUAUUAAAGUGCUCUUCGGAGUGCAUGGAGAUUUUAGUGAGGUCAUUAUCUUGUGUCGAAGUACAGCUUAUGAUAACUUAAGGGAGGAGGAGAGAAGUGGGGGAGCAUUGCGGCUAAUAGAUUGAUCACAUCAUAGCCGUCUCUCUAACGGUGGCUAUGGGAAUAACUAUCAUACAUUCCACACAUGGAACCUACUGGCCAUGAGUUUAAACCAAGGUAUCAUCGAUGCUGUUCCGUAAUGUACAUGGAAAGGAUAGAAGGAUAUGAGCCAAAUGCAGGCAGGUGGGACUAGUGUAGUUUUAGUUUACAGAUACAGCGUGGGAACUGGCCCUUUGGCCCACCGAGUCCAUGCUGACCAGUGACACUACCCUACAUACACUUGGGACAAUUUUACAUUUUAUACCAAGCCAAUGAACCUACAAAAUUUGUACGUCUUUGGAGUGUGGGAGGAAGCCAAAGAGCUCGGAGAAAACCCACGCAGGCCACGGAGGGAACGCACAAACUCCAUCCAGACAAGCACCCAUAGUCAGGAUCGAACCCGGACCUCUGGCGCUGUGAGGCAGUAGCUCUACCUCUACUCCACUGUGCAGCCCUUCAGGGACACUUUGGUCAGCAUGGACAGGUUGGGGCCGAAGGGUCUACAUCCAUGCUCUAUGGCUCUUCAGAUGGUACGUGAUCUCUCUUGGGAGUCUGGCCUUCAAUGCAUUGAGCUGAACGUUAUCCCUGGUUUGGCUCAGGAACCAGCUUCUCAGCCCCUCAGAUCUGCUUUCUCCAAUAUUUGGCUCCAACAUAAUGACGUCCAUGUACCUUCCUUCACUCCCCCGUCUCUGCGCUGUUUUUCUGUGGCCCCCCAGUCACAUGUACAUCUGCAAUAGCCUGAUAGAUAAGCUGCUCCUGAACCUGCAUAGUCAUAACGUCACCCAGCGUGCCCCAACUUGCCCACGCCUACCAACAUGUCCCAUUUACACUAGACCCACCUGCCUGCGUUUGACCCAUAUCCCUCUAAACCCAUCCCAUUCAUUUACCUGUCUAAACGUUUCCUAAACGCUGCGAUAAUCCCAGCCUCAACUGCCGCCUCCGGCAGCUCGUUCCAUACGCCCACCACCCUUAUUGUGGAAAACUAAAGUUGCCCCUCAGGUUCCAUAUUGGGUGGUAUAAAUAAGGAGGACAGAAGUCAGAGAGUGAUACAGCAUGGAAACAGGCCCUUCGGCCCAACUUGCCCACGCCGACCAACAUGCCCCAUCCACACUAGACCCACCUGCUUGCCUUUGGCCCACAUUCCCUCUAAAUCUGCCUCAUCCACGUGCCGGCCUGAUUGUUUCUUAAACAUUGCGAUAGUACCGUUCGCACUUGUUCCUUGAUUCUCCCAGUGAAUGUAGUGCGUGUGCGAGGCGCAUGUAAGGCCCAAGCGGUCGGCGAAGAUUGCCGUUUGUUUCUUAGACAUCAUACGCCACCCUUUAAGGUCAUUGGAUUGUGCGGUGGCACCCACUUGCAUCGACUGCUAUGCAUUGUAGCACCAAUGCAUGCACUGUGGUGCAGCCAGUAUAUGCAUUGUAGGACCAAUGCAUGCACUGUGGUGUCGCCAGCACAUGCAUUGUAGCACCAGUGCAUGUACCGUGGUGACACCCCCGCGUAUGCAUUGUAGCACCAAUGCAUGCACGGUGGUGACGCCCGCGUAUGCAUUGUCGCACCAAUGCAUGCACUGUAGUGUCGCCAGCGCAUGCAUUGUAGCACCAAUGCAUGCACCGUGGCGACACCGGCGUUGCAUUGUCGCACCGAUGCAUGCACUGUGGUGACACCGGCGUAUGCAUUGUAGCACCAAUGCAUGCACUGUGGUGGCGCCCGUGUAUGCAUUGUAGCGCCGAUGCAUGCACUGUGGUGACACCGGCGUAUGCAUUGUAGCACCAAUGCAUGCACAGUGGUGACACCAGCAUAUAAUUUGUGCUGUUUUACGCCCGAUGGAGUUCCCUGCCUGAUUCGGUAUCGAAAUUAGGGGCCCUUUCACUGGUUGGCGAGCCUUCUCCCCUCGACGUUGGGGGGGGGGGGACUGUGUACAGCUUUGACUCAAAAGAAAGGAUGCGUUCUAUUUAAAUGAAAAUCUCUUUAUUUUUGCUCCUGUAAAUAGUCUUGAAUGUCAACCAUAUAUUUUGGGGUAAACGUGCUACGUGAAAUAAGUUCUCUUUUCAGCAACAGAUUAAAAAAACAAGGCAUUAAGACAAUCGAGAGAUGAAUUGGCUUCUGUAUGCACUCGUACGUAGCUUCCUUGCUCGUUAUUGAUCAGAAGUUCCGAUUUAGGUGGGGGGGGGGGGGGGGGGGGGGGGGGGAGUGUCGCUAUUAUCUGUGCUUAUCUGAUCCAUAGAGGCCCAAAGAAUUUAUCAGUUAAAAACAAAUUGCUUGCGGCGUCCUCUGCCUCUUUAUAUAACGUGGGUCUUUAGUUUACAAUGUGUGUUUAAGAGCUGUACUGUGACGUGGAUUGUUCUUAUUGUAAUUUGGGCCACUUUCCUUUGGGUGAAUGGAUGGCCUGAAUGAACUGAAGUUAUUUGGGGCUGGAUCCGAUGGACUGACUAUGUUUUUCUCUCUCUUUGUAGUAAAGGCAGUUUUUUUGUGAA